UUUUUUUAAACAAGCAACAUGGAAACAUUAAAUGCCUCUUUUACUUGUGUAAAAACGUAAUUCAUAUAUCGUAAUUCACGUUACAUUUGUGACUUGAUGAAACAUUUGUUUUUAACCUUAUGGGAAUCUUUGGGCCUAUACUAGGUUUAUAAUAAAGAAUAUGGUAUGCAGUGUGGUUAGGUUCAUAGGGAAACAAUACAAAAAUUUACCAGUGUACAAUGAUGGAAUUAGAUAUUAAUACAAUGGCACUUGGCUGUCUAUUGUUGCAUAGUAGCCUACCGAAUUACCAUAUUAUUUCAUGUAGGCUACAAGCCAUUUACAUAGUUGCUUAAUUAAAGUAGGCUACUUCAAUUAUUCCAUGUCCAAAAACACAGUAGAUGAAUACUAGGAAAACAGUAACAGAUUCAGUGACAGAGAAAAUUAAAGAGGAACUGAUAGUAAUGGCUUUAUUUAAAAUGUUGUAAUCCGUCUUUAUUCCUCUCUCUCUUUAGUUUUACGCAAUGACAUAAUCCAAGCCUGUCAAUCAUACAGAGGCUUGUCCACUGUGUGAAGUGUAUUAGAAAGUACUAUGCUGGAAUUAAAACGACAUAAAGUUUUUUUUCUUUCUCCAUCUGUUUGUGUAUUGUGCGUGAAUGUGACAGAUAGAGUGAGAGAGAGAGAGACAGAGACAAAAAGCAAAUACGCUAAGCUAUAUAGAACCAUUGUCACGGGAGUUAUAUCCUUCUCUGAUAUGAUGAAGAGUGUAGCCGGAAAUGAUCUUUAAUCCCACAGUUUCCCCCCCAUUUUUAUAAUCAGAUGUCACAGCCCCUGUUUAUCCAUCAUUCUCAACAGUUGGCCUUAAAAUUGCAGUUUUUUAAAUCUGAAAUAGGGAGGUGAAUGGGACAUCAAGGAAGAUGCAUGGGACCUAAAAAUGUCUGGAUAAUUUCUACAUGACUGUGUGUUAAAGUGUAAACGUUUAGGUUCACCAGUGCGUGUGGUUUGUUCAGAAUUCUGUCUGUUCCACGGAAUGCAUCUGCUGCUGAUCAUUUCAUUCUGCCUCAGUCUCUGUUCUUCUGUGCUGAGUGCAGCAGUAAUACAUCCAUGUAGUUCUGUAUACAGAGGCUUUGCUGAGUGUCUGGUCACUUUGGGUGACAGUGUAAGCUCCAAGACUGAUAACCCACAGGACAUCAACUCCAUUUGCAAAUCAUGGGAUGCUUUCCAGGUGUGUGUGAGUGGUGUCUUGUUGAGCUGCCGAGGUGAUGCAGCAGAAAUUUGGGAAUCUUUGAGAGCGGAGUCCCGGAAAACAGCGUUUGCUGGUAACCUCUACGACAUGUGUGCUAGUCGUACUGAAGCUGCAACUGCAACCACACCUCUGGUUCCCAACACUGACCAAACCAACCAGGAAACACUCAAAGGACUCGCUCAUUCAGUCAGUAAAGAGCUGCUCCUAAUAUGCCUCUCACUUCUCCUGCUGCUUUGGAUGUAACCUAUCCAUUUAACAUAGCUGGACUUAUGCCAGUGACACUGUUACAGGCACAUAUCUGCAUACAGUCUUUAUCUUGGUACAUUUUAUUUAAUUUCAUGUGUAAUUUAAUGUGUAGGCUCUUUGGUAAGAUAUUCAAUGCACUUAUGUAUUUGUUUGUUUAAAAAUUUACUAAAUGUUUUAUAUAAAAAUCAUUGAUAUUCUGUACUCAAAUCUAAUGGUUUGGUACGGAAUUUAGUAUCUAUAGCUUGUUUCAAAUGACCAUAAUUAUGUAAUAUUAGAUAUAUUUAUAUAUACAAGUUUCUUGAAUUAUUAGCAAAAUACUGUACAUUCAUAAUAUCUGCAAUACCUUUCAAAGCAAUAUUAAUAUUUUUAAUUAUUUAUUUUAUUUGUAUUAUGUUAUUUAAAUGACUAAUAUGAUUUGGUGUUUUAAAGUUAAACACAACUUAUAAAUCAGAUAAUCGUCAAAUUUAAAUAGACAUCCAAGGUUUGUGCUGGAGGGCCCCCAGGGCUGGGAACACUACAAUAUAGUUUCAUCCAUGAGCUCAAUGACAAAAAAUCCAUCAGAAAAGUCUUUCUGUUUUUCGCUGGCUUUGGGAAAUCACCCCCUGCCUCUGACUGACUGGUGAAGACAGGACUCUGCUGCUCAAGGUUCUCUUUGUGGAGACAAUAAUAAGCAUUAAUAAUCACUGACUGAGGCCAGUGAAAUAAACUUGUAACAGCUUUUGAUUCUGUUUCAUCACCAGAGAUGAUCUGCAUUUUUAGACGGAUCACACUCUGAAAAAUGUAACAAGUAAAUCACCACAAUUUUGCCAUUAAAUUUAAUCACAAUGUUUCAUCACAAUUUAGGAAAUGUUAUCAUGUUAAUUAUAUACUGAAUGCUUUUUCACCAAGUGUUAUUUAAGUAUCAUUGAGAUACUGUUAUAAUAUUUAUUAAUAUGUAAAAUUAGUCUUUUUUUCAAGGGACAUUAUUUUUUGUGAUUUUAGUUUUAGGUAAUUGUAAUAAUUCUGAUUUUACCUGUGAUGUUGUUGGAAAUAUCAGGCUAUUUUCUUAAUCUUCACGGUCUGGAGGAUCCAAGGGAGAAAUCGGGAACAGCAAAACUGUUUGCAAUUAAAUGUUAUACAAAGUUGUGGUUUAAAUCAAAUAUACAUUGCAAGGAAAUUCUAUUAAUUGUUAAAACAAAUGGAAGUGAUAUUGAUUUGAGCAAUCGUGUAAGUACUCACAUCAGUGGUUAAUGCUGGUCCAUCUGACAGGGUGACUUUAUUUCAUCCUCAGAUAUCAGUUCAGUGACAAGAGCACCAGGAACUGAGACUAAAACGCUCUGAUAUGACUGUAAUGGUUUUGUGUGAACACUCAUUUUCUGGUACUUUUCCUCUUUAGUCUUCAGUCCCCGGGUUGUUGAUUUGCCAGUCUGUUUCUGGUGAAAUAAAGGAUGG